CCUGUGGUACCAUGACGACAGGUGCGCGCUUCAAAAUGGCGACUAUCCGUCACAAUAGAGGAAGGGGAGCGAAAGCGUCAUAGGACUCAAGGAAUACUAUUUCAUGCGUGAAUGGGAGAGAUAUUUUUAAUAUAAGAUCUUGUCAUGUCUGAAGUGGGUGUAGAAACUAUGCCGACUCUACAAGAACGGGAACGUUUAAUGAACACCUUGUCUCCACACUACAGUGGUUUUACCCCUCGGCCAGUCGAGCAGCUAUCAAGACAAAGAAAACCACAAAGUUCCCUAGACAUAGAAUGCCACCAUUUUCUCCGUACCAAAUCUAAGCACUUCACACAUGGAAACCCAACACUUGAGUAUCGUCUGUGGCUGGAGGCAGGGAAACACCAGCCACCGUUUCCAGAGCGACCAGAUUCAAGUUACAACAGCAAUGUCUGGCGGAACUUUAGGCGCCAUUAUGGUUUUGAUACAACAGCUGAAGGAAGGAAAAUGUCGGAUGUUAUAGCAGCCAUGUACCCACUGAACAUUCCAGCGCCGUCCAAAGUGGGAGACAACACAUUUCAUAAGUACAUCAUGGAGUCCCGCAUAUUUGAGGAUGACAAGUACAAGAUGAUGGCCAUACAGAGAACAAAGGCUGAUGUAAAGGAGUUCAAGAAACUGAAGAUAAAGACAGAGUCCAGGAACCCUCCAUUAGAUGAAGAUGGAAAUAUCCUGCCACCAGAAAAUUACAAGAGAUAUGUUCCCCGUUUCUUUGCUCCCCAAGAACUGCCGCCAUCUCCACAGGUGUACCACAAGACGGACAUGUUUGGGCAGCGCUACGUGCCCCGCUCCAGACCCCACCUGUAUCAGCUGACGUACGCCAUGAACCACCCAGAGUAUGACGCCAUUAGGAAGGAGAUUCUACUUCGCCGAGAAAUGCUGGAAAAGAAGAAGGAACAGUCGGGACCGUCGAGAGUCAUCCCAACACCAACGUCAUCAAAAUACCACUGAGUGAAGCAGGGCAGAUAACUCUGUGUACUGCUAUAACUCUUUCUCUCCAUGCUGUGAGAUCGAGAAAUGUCUUCAAUAUACAGUUAGGGGUGUUUAAGGACAUUCUCAAAGCAGAGGUUUAGGUUAAUGUGACUACUAGUGGUCAAGUGAAAGGCUGGUAAAGUAUCAGGAAUAUAGGGCCAGGGAUCCAUACUGCACGGAAAGCAAUCAAACCUUGCUCAGGAAAGGGAUUUACUGGAUACUACAGUCAUAUGCUAAAAAAACACACAAAUUUCCCGAAGAAAAAAUAUAUGUACCCUCAGUAGGUGGUAUCAUCCUGGAGUACACAAAACAUAAAGACAGGCUGGCCAUCUGGGUUGAUCUGUUGUCUUUAGUUAUCACAUGUGUGUUGACUGUUGUAUACAGUCAAACGUCAUUGUGUGGAAUUCACGGUUGUCUCAAACUCACUGAGGCUUGACUGUAAUUCUAAAGUUGAAGAACAAAAUAAUUUGUCAUCAUCUUCAUCUUCAUACAGUCUGGUAAAGAUUGACUUACGAUGUGAAGGUAAAGUUAUUUUUCAGGGCAUUAUCUUUUGCAGAAGUCUGAGAUCUACCAUUAACUGCCUCACGAAGGAGGGCAGUUGAACAGAGGGUUUCUGCAAAUGAUAAAGCUCUAAAAGAACAUUGUUACAAUUGUUAUACUUAAAAUGGAUAGAAUUGUAGAUAUUCCUAAACAACAAAACAGCAGCAUGAAUUUAGUGGUUGUAUUAUGAAGUCACAACAGAAGUCAAUGAUUUACAAAUACAACACGUAGCAGGAUAACUAUAAAUAAAGGAUGACUUCGCAAACAAAAGUUAUAUAGGGAAAUGCAGGCUGCUAUCAAGUUACAGUGGCCUGCUGAUUUCUGAUAACAUGCAGGCAUUUUUAUGAUAAUUCUAUUCAUUUGAGCUUUGAUAUAGAUUAACAGUGGUCAACUUAACAAUCACAAAGAAUAUUAAUUCUUUGCCAGAUUUAUAUUUUGAUGAUUCAAUAUCUUCAAAGAAUGCUUGACAAGACUGGGAGCACAUGAGUGAAGAACCUAAACAUUUCUGGUGAUGGUGUUUCCGUUGUGCUGAGGAGACUGAGGCUCCAAUACCUUUUUAGGGGUCAAUAACCCAGGCCUCCUGGAAUUCCAAAGUGCCACUUCGUGGCUAGCUGUUUGUUCAAUAUUGAAAAAAUACAGUCCCCGUGUACAUAAUAUUACUGUGAUCCAGUCUGUUUGAACAAAGACCAUAAGUCUCCGUGAAGGGGGGCGGUUGGGUAGCCUAGUGGUUAAAGCGUUAGCUCAUCAUGCCAAAGACCUGGGUUCUAUUCCAAACAUGGGUACAAUGUGUGAAGCCCAUUUCUGGUGUCCCCAGACAUGAUAUUGCUGGAAUAUUGCUAAAAGUGGCAUAAAACCAUACUCACUCACUCACUCACUCUGUGAAGGAGUGUGUACGAGAGUUGUGUCUGUGAAAGCAUGCAGAGUGCUUAUGCAACAGAGCCCUUACUGGGAUAGCUGUACAGUUUUACUUCAAGUCAGGUUCUGGGAUGGCAUGCACACUGAAAGUUCAUAGCGCUCCUUAAGGAAUCACAAUGUAUGUACCUGUGUCAUUGAAUUACAAUAUUAUGAAUACUGAGAAAUAAGCUCAAGGCUUUCAUUUAUAUCAACUAGUAACAGAUUUGAGAACGAUGAAUGUGGAAAAAAAGAAGAAAUUGUACCUAUGUUUGAAGGGCAGGUACCCUGUGUAGUAUACACUACUCCACCUUGAUAGGGGUACUUAGAUACGUCAUUCUAUUUAAACAUACACUUGACAUAGUAUGAGAAUCAGUUUUGUGAAUCAUGGAAAGAAAAGAAAUAUCCCUAUCAAAAGUAGAGCAGUAUAGCAUGGGUACCGUUUUUUUUAAGUAUCAUGCUCAAGAUAUAUAUAUACUCCAAAGCCAUUUCAAGUAUUAACCCAGUCUGUGUAAAAAUCCUAGAUGCCUCAAGCUCAAAUAUUCAGAAUGAUUUUCAGUAGAUUUUACUAAAAACAAUGGCUAUUUCAAGCUAUGUUCACUUGCCAAACAGAAAUUGGCUGGAGUAAGACUUCUGAAGCACAGACUGGUAACACCUGGUAUUUACUCUAUUUACAGAAUCAUAUCAAGUCAGAUCUUUAACUCUGAUAUACUUCCUCUCUGCAUGUAGAUCUGACAACACACAAUGUCGGGUCAGGUUGAACUUUGAAUCAGCCAAUCAGUGUUGAGGGGUUUAAAUUCUUGAUACGAGUGUUCAUAAAAUUCAGUGAGAUUGUAUGUUCAUAAAAAUAGCACAUUGCCUAAGCACACAAUUCAACUUACCUCCUAUAUACUCUUGUAUUCAUGUUUAUCAACAUUGUUACAGUUUUAGUAACAAUUAAUUAAUGCCAAACCUUUUUGUGAUAUUCUAUUUAUGUAACAUUUACCCCCAUAUUCCCAUAUUGCCUUUAUGUCCUAUAGUGUCAAUACAACAUACAACCAAAGCAGAAAUAAGUGGCCUUAGCUAAAUAAAUAAGCAUUGAUUCAGAUGUUUUUAUUCACAUAGGUGAAUGUUAGUGCUAUGUAUUCAUAUUAAAACAAGCCAUGUAUUCAUAAGGAUCUUUAAUAUGCAUAUUGUGUUUUUUUGUAAAUAUAAAUAAAGCUUAAAAAAAUUAGUCUUGGUUCUCAGGCUCCGCCCGCAUCAUCAUAUAGUCUGUCGCACGUUUCGUUUUUAUUUCCAUAAAAAUCCUAAUACUUAAAAAACAGUUUGAUCCAAUGUAACACACAGUUACUUCCCUUUACAUGAGCACUGCUUUACUGUGCAACUCAUGUUUUUGUAAUGUAGCAAUAGGAGUUUGUAUGCUUGUAGGGAGACCCUAUCCCAGGUUGAUGGUACAUUGUUUAUUGGGUAACAAACUAGUUUGAACAAGCAAAAUAAAAAAGCACUGCCCACUCGCACUAUAUUCUCAAAAGUCAUUGCCUGAGAACCAAUUCUUAUAUUUUUUUAAGCCUAAUAUUACCCGUUUUUAAGUAGGGGCUCGGGUGGCCCAGUCUUAAGGCGCCACAAUUCGCUAUGCAGAGUGGCGUCCCUUGGGCAUGCCUGAAAAAUUUGAUCGUGGGUUGGAAUACCGGUUCGCCCCCAUUAUGUUUCUAUGUUGGUCAGCACCAUACCUGCAUUGUGGGUUUCACCAAAGUGGUAAAGGUCUAUGACCUGCAUCACUUCAGGCUUUCCUCCCACAUCAAACUGACACGCCGUGAUAUAACUGGAAUAGUGUUCAAAGCGGUGUUAAACUCACUCUCUCACCCAAUUUAAGUCAGGUCUGCAAACUUAUGAGAACAUUAUGACACUACUUACCAAACAUUUUAUGUCGGUUCAAGUCGUUAGGUUCGUCAUGAAUUAAUGGGAUGUCUACGGAUUUCAGGCCAAAGUUAAAUCAUAUGGCGGCUAGUUAUAUUUAAUGUUUGUAAUCAGAGGUCGGUCGUGUGUCCCAUUUGAAUUCCUUAGAAACUCCUAAUUGGUGGUUGUGGGUUUCCUUGCAUUGACAGAGAAUUAUUUGUGGGACGAUACACCAAUGUAUCAGUGGAUCGUGACUUUUUACCUCUCGAUACAAGUAUCGAUCACAGUCGUACACUAAGUAAAAAACAUAUUUUCUUACCUUAAAUGUUUGCUUUGAUGACAGUUACACCAAACACACUAAUGAGGAGUGAAAAUUAGUCGUGAAGAUGUAAAUAUUUUCAUCCACUGCGUCAUACUUGACGCUGCCAACUGUAAAUCAUCACCAUGCCAGGUAUUUGGGAAUCCUGUCUAUGAAAAAAAUGGCUUAGGGACUACAGAUAAGAGCACAUGCAAGUAUCGUGAUACAUAUCGGAUCAUGAGUAAGGUAUCUGAUCACACAGUUGGUGUAUCGUCCCAGCCCUAGAGAACAUGUUCUCUCCAUCACAAAGUCAUUUACAACUUUGAUGUAAUUGAUGUCGAGUGGUGAUAGUAUGCCAGUAAGAUGGUCGUAAGAGUGAAAAGCUUCCAAUUGUUAGUUAUUGUGGGUUUUUUUCCAAUUUGAGUCAAUAAAUAUUAUUGUGCAUAAUGAUAAUCAAUGUAAUAAAACAUUACAAUAA